AUGGCGGCCGCCAUGGCACUGAGCUGCGGGGCCCGCUACGGGCCCUGUUCCCGGCAGCUGCUGGGGCUAAGCGCCCGCGGGCGGCUCGUGCGGCCGGCGGUCUGGGGAGGGAGCGCGGCGCCAGCUUCCAGCCGGCCCGGCCCCGGGGGAGAGGUGCAGUACUGCGCCGAGCUGCUGCGGAAACGUGACUAUGAAGGGUUUCUGUGUUCUCUGUUGUUGCCUGCAGAAUCCCGCACCUCUGCUUUUGCUCUGAGAGCCUUCAACGUUGAACUGGCCCAGAUUAAAGACUCCAUAACACAGAAGACCAUAGGUUUGAUGCGAAUGCAGUUUUGGAGGAAAGCUGUGGAAGAUAUAUACUGUGAUAACCCACCACAUCAGCCAGUUGCUAUAGAACUGUGGAAAGCUAUCAAGAGACAUAACUUGACUAAAAGGUGGCUUCUGAAGAUUAUUGAUGAAAGAGAGAAAAAUUUGGAUGACAGAGCAUAUCGUAACAUCCAGGAACUUGAAACAUAUGCUGACAACACUCAUAGCGCUCUCUUGUAUCUCACCUUGGAAAUGCUGGGUGUGCGGGAUAUCCAUGCAGACCAUGCAGCCAGUCACAUUGGGAAAGCACAAGGCAUUGUCACCUGUUUAAGAGCAACUCCGUAUCAUAGUAAAAGACGAAAGGUCUUUCUUCCUAUGGACAUUUGUAUGUUGCAUGGAGUUUCGCAAGAAGAUUUCAUAAGAGCCAAUCAAGAGAAAAAUGUGAGAGAUGUAAUUUACAACAUUGCCAGCCAGGCGCACGUUCAUCUAGAACAUGCUAGGUCUUUCAGUAAAAAUGUUCCUGUUAAAGCGUUUCCUGCCUUUCUCUAUACAGUUGCUUUAGAGGAUUAUUUAUAUAAAAUACAGAAAGUAGAUUUCAACAUAUUCCAUCCAAGCUUACAUAAGAAGAAAAGCAUUACAACUGGCUCAUCCUGCAAUUGGUCCACAACCGUCUUCCUAGCAUGCUGA